CAUUGUUGUUGACAGUUGACAGUUGAUCUUGACGAGUGAUUCUUGUAAAAUUUUUAAAAUUAAAUACUGAUGCUAUUUUGAACUUGGCAUAACUUAAAUAUGAGGUUCAGAUUUUUAGGGGACGUUGACUGUCCGGACUGGUUACUAGCUGAAAUUUAUAAUUUAUCUCAAAUGCCAUCAUCCAAGAUGAAAUCCCUUUCUCAGAUUGUAAUCAAAGCUAUCAUCAGUAAGGAGAUCGAUCAAGAAAAAAUGAAAAAAUUCAGCCAAGAGUCAAAAAUAGAGCUUGAUAACGUGAAAGCUCUCAUUGCUGCCCUGGAUAUGAUAUUCAAGUCUUCAUCGAGAAACAGCGUCUCUCCAGCAGAUUUGAGCAGUGAAUUGCAACAGUUGGGCUUGCCUCGAGAACACAGUACCAUCGUAUCUAGGCUACACACAGACAACUGUGCUCAGAUCACUGUCUUGCUUACAGAACAAUCAUUGAGAAUAAACAGGGUUUCAUCCAUUGAAAUUGUGCCUGCUGAAAACUCGCCAUCUGCUAAAAUGAUCUUGAAGACUGUUCAUACUCCAGGAGAUAAUGAACAUGAGACUUUGAUUAACAUUCCAAAAGAAAAAUUGAGCUAUUUGCUUGGAGAGCUCAAAAAUGUGAGAUCACUGAUGGAACAACUUGUUGAGUAAUUAUUGAGUAAAGCAUGCAUGUUUACAAGGUUCUGGGUCCCACUUGAAGUUUUUAUCAAAGUUACCAUACCUUGUUUAUACAACUUGUGAAAUUAAGUUGAUUUUAAUUUUUUUUUUAAAUAAUAAUAAAAAAAUUGUAUA